CGACUACACGCCAGAGUAAGGUUGUGUACAAAUUACAACCGAGCCUUCCUGUCAUUUGUUGACUGACAUGCAACCUCUACUCUCAAGCUUGUUAAACCUUGAUAUUUCCAUACCAUCUUGAUUUUCACCACUAUCCCCGCUAGUACCAGCAGUCACACUGGCAAGGAAUACUUGUCCUCAUGAAGGCUCUCCACACUAUCGGGCGUCUCAACCUCAACUUCCCGGUGAGAUCAUGUUCGCUGCCACGAAUUCUCAAUAAGCCCACGUGCAUCCAGUCUGGAGGGCGUAGGACGCACUUUUCUGAUGGAUGCGUCCCCUUUUCCCCAACAGGGAAGGUCCCCUGGGAAGGCAUUCACAUGUCCCGCGCCAACACCCACUUCAAAAAACCCAAUCUCCCAUGGGGGUUUUCUAUCUACCGCUGCACGUACAAGGACGAUAAAGCGUGGGAGCGAGUACUCCAGCUACUCCAGGAUUCAGUUCAGGAAGACCUUCGGGAGAACGCCCCUGAGCUGAUUCCCCACCACCAGCUAGUCAUUAAUGAUGAUGUUACAAAGUUCAACGGUGCAACCUCACAUGAGGUUCGCGAUCACUUUGACGUCUGGGUUGAGGAGCAGUUAUCGCUGGUGGCGAGCUCUCCCGAAAAACUACAGGACUUGGGAAAGCCCCCAGAAUACACAUUUGGGGCGCGCUUCAACUAUGCCCUCUUUGUGGAUGAUAUCUGUUUGGAGUCUCUUGAACAUAUGACGUCGCCCGUGGUUAAGGUAUUGUACAAACAGUGGGGUAAUUUGACUCCCGAGGAGAGAAACUAUGAGAUCCACCCUGACUGGCAUGAUGGAACCACGGAGAUGGAUGAAGAGGAUGUCGGAUGGAUGUAUAUGAGGACCGGUUACUUUGUGGAGGUUUAUGAUAAGUGCGAGUGGUCACAUCUUGAUAUGUGGUAUUAUUUUUAUCUGAGACCGCCUCAGAUAGACGGGCUGCCGGGAAGAUGGGGGGACAGGUCCAAGCUGCCAGGUUUCUGGCGAAUUAAGAAAUAGACCUGACCAUUGGCUUCAUGUUUACUCUUGAGAUCAACGUCACAGGACAUCACGUUGGAAUGUCUCCCAAGCUGCUGCGAUGUCUCUUGCAACAUGCUCUUCGGGUACAUGUUGACAUGACUCGGCCGUCGGCCUAUGCUGCUUGUCGCCCUACGGAAUUGGCCCUCGCUGCCCCCCAGUGGGGAUUAUACGAAACAUGUCCCCUGGGGGUUGACGUUACAACAACCUCAACUCUCGUUAGAUUCAGAAGAGAUUGGUCGAAAGCGCGAAAGACUGCGCCUCAAGCGCUUACUCGCUGCCUCCACGAAAAAGCGACAGCGCCUUGGCCGACUCAAAGAGGGUGGGCCUUUUCACGUGGAUAUGCUCAAAACGAGGUCCCGCAUUAGGCGCUUCUCAUCACUCCAAUAGCGGCUACUGAUGGUGCUCCUCUCAAUAUAACCAUCCUUCGAGAAUACGGAUCUAGCUGUCGCUCAGAACAAGCCCGCACCGUUCAUAUUACAGUCGAUAUGAGCAGGAAAGAUCAUCAUACGCCAUAUAUACUCAGAUCGGAACGGAAUAGCUUUGCCCGUCAGCUGGGUAUUUAGAUAUAGCAGCAAUACAUAUUCGUUCUGCUCUGACAAGAAAUGUGAAUAUGCUUAGAGCAAGCAGCUUAUUCUACAAUAUUCGGAUUGCAUACAACAGUUUUUACUUGUUGUAUCCAGCCGAAAAAAACAAUCAUCGACGCUUUCAUACUGCUAGAUUUGGAGAACAUUAUGAAACAUCGAUCGAUCACCAUCUGAUUUUAUACUGAGUUUAUUUUCUG